GCGGUGUAAUUUAUUGUCGAAUUUUCGCUUCAAAAUCGAGAGCGCCCAACACGCGCGACGCGUGGCACACACCGAUCGUCGCCACCCUGCAGCCAUGGCGUUCCUCCGCGCCGCCGACCUCGUCCGCCGCCACCGCCGUGUCCCGCAUGCUAGUCUGAUCCUCCACCCCGCCCUCUUGCCGCCGCCGCCGCCACCAAGCAUGGAGUCCUUCCCCGACGGUCCCAGUACUCCUGGCCCCGUCGCCCGAAACGACAUCUUCGCCGCCACACUAUGCCACCGCCACCGUCAUCGCCGGUGGCCGCGUCCGCUAAUUCCAAUCUCCUCUUCUUCCUAUGAUGGCAGUGGGGCCCGGCUUCCCGCAACCGUGUCGUUGUACUCGCACCUCUCCAGCACCAGCUCGGGCGCCGGUGGGGAUUCCACGCCUCCUCCGCAACAGUCGCCGCAGGCGAAGCCACCUCCUCCGUCGUGGGUGGACAGGUGGGUCCCACUGGCGGCACGGCCAUAUGCCAUGCUCGCCCGCAUCGACAAGCCCAUUGGCACCUGGCUCCUUGCGUGGCCCAGCUUCUGGUCAAUCGCGAUGGCAGCGAUGCCAGGGGAGCUGCCGGACAUGAGGAUGCUGGCGCUGUUCGCGUGUGGAUCCGUGCUCAUCAGAGGCGCCGGAUGCACAAUCAACGAUCUUCUUGAUCGAGAUAUUGAUAGAAAGGUUGAGCGUACCAAAAGCAGGCCUCUUGCAUCAGGUAUUCUAACACCUACGCAAGGAGUGGGUUUCCUCGGAUUCCAGCUUUUACUGGGAUUACCAAUUCUUCUCCAACUAAAUAACUUAAGCCAAAUACUUGGGGUAUUUUCACUUCUUUUGGUCUUCUCUUAUCCCCUGAUGAAGAGGUUCACAUAUUGGCCUCAGGCAUAUCUUGGCUUGGUAUUCAACUGGGGAGCUUUGAUAGGAUGGGCUGCCAUGAAAGGAACCAUAGAUCCAGCCAUCAUCCUUCCGCUGUAUACAGCUGGUAUAUGCUGGACACUGGUGUAUGAUACCAUAUAUGCACAUCAGGAUAAAGAAGAUGACGUCAAAGUAGGAGUCAAGUCCACAGCAUUAAGGUUUGGAGAUUCAACCAAGCCCUGGAUCAGUGGAUUUGGUGCUGCAUGCAUUGCCAAUUUAGCACUCAGUGGCUAUAAUGCUGACCUUGCAUGGCCUUACUACCCUUUUCUGGCAGCUGCAUCUGCGCACUUAGCAUGGCAAGUUUCAACUGUUGAUUUAUCUGACCGCCUAGAUUGCAACAGGAAAUUUGUGUCCAAUAAGUGGUUUGGAGCUUUGAUAUUUGGUGGAAUUCUAUGUGGACGACUUGUAUCAUGAUAGAUAUCAGGCAUGGAUGCAUGAUUUUUCAGAGUGUUGUUUCCUAUGGAGCAUUGAAAAUUUUGAUAGCACAGAGACUAACUUGUGACUUCUGAAUUACCAUAUCAAGACUCAUUCGAUUUACCUCCCUAA